UUUCCUUCGAAGAAGCCCCUUCGCAGAGAUUGUGCCUGGCGAUACCCCAGCGAGCGAUAGCGGCGGAACCACGAUCGACACGCGCGCGACGGAGCUGUCCAUGAGGCUGGGGGAGCAAAGCAAGGUGCUGUCGGCUGUCAUGGGGAAUCUGGGGCAACUUCAGAUGCCGCCUGCCAGGGCGGCGGGGGCAGAAGAGGGGGAGUCAAGCGGCGCUGGCAACGCCGCAGGGCGCGGAGGAGCCGCGCCGGGCACAUGGUUUGGGGUGCCAUACGGUGGAGUCGGGGGAGUAGGUCCCCCGGGCCACCCGUCCGCUGCCCCCCCGCUGGGAAGCAUUGCGCAGGGAUUUCGAAUGCACGGGGUGAUGGACAAGAUGUCAUCGCUGCUGCAGGCAAUGCCAGAUUGCGGAAGCAGAGGGGGACCAGCCGGUGCUGGAAGACGCGCCGCAUAUUGCGGUGGGAUUGUCGGAAUUUCGCUGCCAGGCAGCUGCCUAUCGGAGCUGUACGCUGCGGCUGGUGUUAGAACAGAUGAGGCCUCUGGAAGGGAGAGCAGCAGUAGAUCGGGCACGGAAAAUGAACAUGUGCGGGCGCUUGAUGUCCCUGCAAAUGGUGGGUUUGGUGGGUUCCAGACCAUCGACUUUAUCUGUGCGGUUGGCAGCUCUAGCAGAGGCGCUGCUGGAGGGGAUUCGCGGUAAAGGGGUUUCCAUUUUCUGAUUUGAUGUUCGUACAGUGAUGGUAGCUUCGCCUACAAUGAUUCGACCGAUGAUGAUCUUCGAAAGGGGAUUCGCGGUUCAGGCGUUCCCACUUGAGUGUGGGUGUUUUGUUGAGCAACUGUAGUUCGUAUUUUUCGAUGGUUAAGUCCAGGCGUGUUUUCGCGGGUGUUUCGUAUGACGAUGGUAAUUUGGCUCCGAAAACCAGUCACUCUAUGAUGGGGAUUCGCGGCACAAGCGCUCCCAUUUCAUGAUGUCCGCGGGCGAUGAAAACUUUAUCUGGGGUAGAAUAAAAGGGGUACGCGGGACCAAGGGUAUCAAAGGAGGGGAUGCAGCGUAGGCGCUCCCCACAAUCGAUGAAAAUUCAUGAACAGAGGUGUAUCAAAGCCGAUUGAAAACUCACGCCCAGGGGUAAAACAGUAUCCGGCGUGUCGGCCAGAAAAGGGGUACACAGGACCAGGUGUAUCGAAGCCGAUUGAAAACUCACGCCCAGGGGUAAAACAGUAUCCGGCGUGUCGGCCAGAAAAGGGGUGCACGGGACCAGGUGUAUCAAAGCCGAUUGAAAACUCACGCCCAGGGGUAAAACAGUAUCCAGUCUGUCGGCCAGAACAGGGGUAUUAACCCUUUUGUGACGGAGCUACCCGCCGGCUCUUCCGGGGGUCAAUCCGACCCUUCGGCCCCAACAGCCCGAAAUUUCAACCAAGAACGCAAAAGAAAGACGCCAGAAGAAGGAGACAUCCUCGAGCGCGACGGGCCCUACUUUCCACACAUGUCUGCGCACAACUGCGUGACAUUGCGCGCAGAGCAUAGCCAACACACACAGCAGGACACGCGCGGUGUUCGCCGGGGCUGUUGUACAAGAGGAUAACACACACAGAUGAUCAAACUGCUGUCUUCCUGCAAGCAACCAUAUAUAUGAUCUGUUGUACCUGGUACUGAAAAAAAAGACAGCGUGCUGCUGUCACCAGGAAGACGCGCAGCGCACGCGCUCUCUCCCCUCUCUCUCCGUACUUCGAAGGCAAGCACCCUACCUCAUUGCAGUGCUCUGUAUGGCUGAUGUCAAUGCCCACCCAAAGCUGGAAAGGAAAACAACACCGAACACGGAGACAUGGCACUGAGUGAAGCAGAUGAGAUAUGGGUACCAAAAAAAACAUGCUGCUGCUGCUGCUGCUUGCUGCUGCAAAGCAAGCUCUCAGCAGCACUCGCUCCUCUCUCUCUCUCUCUCUCUCUCUCGCUCUAUCUUUCUCCGCACUUCGAAGGCGUACAACAUCACAGCAGUGCCCUGUGUGGCUGAUCUGAAUGCCCACCCAAAGCUCGAAAGACACAGGGAACAAAAACCUUAGCUGAUUGAUGAAAAAUCAAAUGCGAGCGGGAAAUACCGCACGCUGGGGCUGCAGGCACACAGCUCUAGGCAGCACAGCCGGCGACCUCUGUCACCGUGCUAGGGUUAGAAAUGAGCAUGGUUGAUACUGCUGGUGUCGUUAUAUCCCUUGACGGCGUCCAACUUUGGCAACGUGCGUCCGUAAAAGGCGGCGGGAGGUCCGCGUGCACACGAAGGAUUUGAGUGUAGAAACAAAGGACGGGUUUUCUACAAUUGUCUUGAAAAUGUAUACCACCAUCGACUAGGAAAAUGUGUGGCUGGACUAGGUGACGAUAACAGUGCUGGUUAUACAUGUAUCGGCAAAAAAAUCACAUGAUACUGUAUCACCAAAUGCGUCUUGUUUAUAGUAUAGGACGGCUAUUCUGGGCUUGAUUUCUCAGGACUUACAGGUCGUGCCGCACACUCGCCCACUUGCGCGCGGAAGCCCAGCAUGGACGAACAAGAGACAGAGAUAGGAGAGUACUGGCAGCAUGCAGCGGCCGCCUACCACCCGGAAGACAACCCACACAACGUUUGGGAUGUGUUGGUAACGAUAUCUGAACAAACUCCGGAUCGUUUCCGGGAGGCAGUUGAAGCAGCGGCAUCGGCCGUAGCUGCGCGCUAUUGUCACCACGCGCACGCCCCCAGUGCGCUCCCGGACUUACGCAAACUCGCGGAGAGGCAAGCUGCCGCACGGCAACACGCCGGACUAUGUGGGAAAUACCAAGCGGAACGCAUCGCCGGCGUCGAUGUCGCCACCAUGCAGGAGAGGGCCGGCGGCGCUCAACUCACGACCAAAAGGGCGAGGAACCAGGCUUGCUACGACGCCGGCAUAGCCCUCAAUGCGCGAGGCCGCGGGGUGCAGCUUACAAGGAAGGAAUGUUUCACCCAGGCUUGCCGCGCCGCCUGGCCGGGCGACCAGCCCCUUCCGAAGUCUGUUGUGGACGCUCUGUUGAUGUAAAGGAGUCCUGGUUCGUUACGCUGGCAACGACAGCGAGUGGAGGGGAGAACAGGGGUGGUGGGUUGCGCAUCACCCGUGUUUCGUGGUCACGUGUGUUUCGUAGAGACGCUGGCAGGCACGCUAGGGGGUGCUGGCUGGUUUUGGACGGCGGGAUUUGCAUCCGAAUGUGGCUCGGGAGUGAAAGAUGAGCAGUACCCACGUUAUGUGUCGCGUUGUGUGUUCUUCAUAGAAAAUCUGUUCUGAAUCGGUGCAGACGAGUUUGAGGAAGGCAAUACAAUAAUGUUUGUCGCUUUGUUUCUUUGUGCCGGAACGAACGAAGAACCUGGCUGCCGAUUCGUAAACGGUUUCGUUGCAGGCCGUGUGGAGCGUAACAAAAUUCAUCGUGGGCGUAGGAGCAUGAUGUACGGCAUAAAAACUAAUGGUGUUGUGUCUGGACGUUUGUUUGGAAGGGUUUGCUGUCUUAGCCGCAGGCAAGGGACCAGCGAAGUUGACCGAGGGCGGGGGAGGUAGUGCAUGUACACGUCGCCCAAGUCAUUAUGAAUUCUCCAAAUUGUCACACCAGCGCUACUUGUGCACCGAAACAAGCACCGGCGGAUCUGCGGGGGGCUGGGGUGCGAUGUCGCUUGGUCGACCACUACUUCCCGUUGCCCAAGGCUUCGACUGGAUCAUUGAAAUCCCAAGUUAAAAAAAAGGGCACGCUGCAUCUGUACGCCCCUCUCUCCCCAACGCAGACACAAAAAAAUUACCCCGGGGUCAAUCUAGAACAUCGAAAUUCCAUGUAAAUAAAACACACCACGGCGCAACUGCCUUCCCCCCCCCCCCAGAAA